AUGUUACCAGGAAUCUGCCGAAGUACUGUGGGUGCAGUGAGGAGUGUCGUCGGGGUUUCUAGGCGGCAUUUUUUGCAGCAAUCUUCGUCCCUCGGGACAGUGGCUCCGAAGCUGGAGGAUGCAGUUACAAAUGAGGACACCUUUGCAGGAAGGGCACUGUACAUGGAUGCCCAGUCAACUACACCAUUGGACCCCCGCGUACUGGAUGCCAUGAUGCCAUACUCCCUGGCCUACUUUGGCAAUCCUCACUCCAGGACCCACUCCUAUGGCUGGGAGAGUGAAGAGGCCGUGGAGAAGGCUAGAGCACAAGUUGCAAGGCUGAUCGGAGCAGACUCACGUGAAAUCAUCUUCACCAGCGGCGCCACAGAAUCCAAUAAUAUCUCUGUCAAGGGUGUGGGCCGAUUCUACAAGUCCCGCAAGAAGCACAUUUUAACCACGCAAACAGAGCACAAGUGCGUGCUGGAUUCCUGCAGAGCUCUGGAAGGCGAAGGAUUCGAGGUGACCUACCUCCCUGUGCAAAGCAAUGGAAUCGUAGACCUUAAAGUUUUUGAAGAGGCUAUUCGUCCAGACACAGUGCUGGCAAGCGUCAUGAUGGUCAACAACGAAAUAGGAGUCAAGCAGCCAAUACCUGAAAUGGGCAAAAUCUGUCGAGCCCACAAGGUGUUCUUGCACACAGACGCAGCCCAGGCAGUGGGCAAGAUCCCCGUAGACGUCAACGAGAUGAACAUUGACUUAAUGUCAAUCAGCGGACACAAGAUAUAUGCCCCAAAAGGUAUUGGAGCGUUAUAUGUCCGUCGGCGUCCCCGUGUUCGCAUCGAGGCCUUGCAGAGCGGGGGAGGCCAGGAGAGGGGUAUGCGCAGCGGAACCCUGCCUACCCCACUUAUAGUUGGACUCGGAGAAGCUUGUAACAUCUCUCAGAAGGAGAUGGAGUAUGACCACAAGCGCAUCUCGGCCCUGGCCAACCGCCUCAUCUCCAAGGUGACCGGCCAGAUCUCGGACGUCAUCCAGAACGGCGACCCCGAUCAACGCUACCCGGGUUGCGUCAAUCUCUCCUUUGCCUACAUCGAGGGGGAGUCCCUGCUCAUGGCGCUGAAGAGCGUAGCAUUGUCGUCAGGCAGCGCUUGCACGUCUGCAUCGCUGGAGCCGUCUUACGUGCUGCGAGCCAUCGGGGCUGCUGAAGACCUUGCCCACUCUUCCAUCAGGUUUGGAAUUGGCCGCUUCACAACGGAGGAAGAAAUCGAUUACACCGCACAGCAGUGCAUCAGUAAGGUCACGGCCCUUCGUGAAAUGAGUCCUUUAUGGGAAAUGGUACAGGAAGGCAUCGACAUCAAAGAGAUUCAGUGGUCCCAACACUAGAGGGCGCCGUUCAAGAACGACUGUAAGAAGGUUUUGAAGAACAUCUGCUCUUGCAAUUUAGCAUUAAAAAAAGAUACUAAAAAUUGCAAAUUUGAAAGGCCAAUUCUAAAGUUUUUGAAAUUACAGGCCAAUCCACAGGCCAAUCUACAGUCUGAGAAUUGCGAGUUGUUGAAAACUCUUUUUUGAACAAUAUUCUUCCACAUGACAUGAUUUUCUCACUGGGCGUUUCGUGCCAUUUUAACACCAUAUAAUCUCUUCGUUAAAUUAAAGUUUGUUUUGGGGAUAGUUGAGUUUGCUUAAAACUAUUUCGAAUACUUCCCUGAAGCACUUUUCUGCUAAGCCAAUUGGGGCGAUUCACAAUGCAGUGCGCCAACAAGAGUUUGCCACGGAGAGUUCAUUUUUCCGAGUGCAUUGUGGGAGAUGGUCGACAAAUUCGCAGUGUGGGACAUUUGAAAUUGUUUGUUUUUCCGGCCACAAAGUUUGUACAAGUAUGAUUCGAAUAUACGUUUGCCCUUUUCUUAUUAUCAAUAUGGAGUUUUUUAUAAGGCGGCAGAAUGCUAUGCCCCAGUCUAUAACAAAUAAGCUCAUGUUUUCUACAGACACUCGUUCAAAUGGGCCAUGUUUUGUAGACCGUGAAUUUUAAAAAUGAACUCUCCGUGGAAAAGUCUUGGUGGCGCACUGCAUUGUGAUUCGCCCGAAUUGGAGAAAAUUUCAACUGAUGAGGAGUUAAUUUUGAAGUAAAGAUUAUUUUGUGUAUUAAAGAUGUAAAAGUUGUAAAUAACUGUAUGGUACUUUUCUUAAUUCUUAUUUAACUGUCCAUCAAAUUUUGAAGUUCUUUUUUUUGCAUCCCUUGGUUUUAUUGUGUUGCAUGUGUUUCCACUUACCAUGUCAUAAAUAUUUAUUGGUAUUGUAGACAAUUAAGCUACUCCUGUUGGCCAGAGGCCUGUCACGUGACUUGUAUUAAAACGUUAAACAGUGCUUCAAUUUUGAAAUAUGCUUGCACGUGGCGCCAUGAUCUCAAUAUAUGAGGCUGUACGGUUGGCUAUAGAUAUCCGGCCGUCAGGCGCACUGGCGCACUGGCGCACUGUAUCCGGUAUUAGUAGGAUUCGGAACAAUUUUUCUGAUCACGACGUUAUCAUUGUUUGCCUAUUGUGGAUAAAGUUUUCUGCUACUUAUACCAAAUAAUUUUUGAGACGACCUGUAGUAAAGAAAGUCAAUGCAGUGUGUUGUAGUGGGAUUUCAAUUCGGAUUUGUACAAAUUCGGUUAGAAUUCCACUAAAAAACCAGGUCUGACCGGAUAUGUACGCCUGUCCACAACAAUCAGAAAUAAAGGCGAAGCCUGUCUACAUUUCAGCACUGAUUUGCAAGUGCCCUUUUUGAGAAAACAAAUUUGACCUGCCACCCCACCCCUGCACAAAUUCCUGCAUGCGCCCCUGACCUCGCUAUGU